AUGUACAUGUGGCAGUUGCACGCCCACACCCCGCUAAAAUUUGUCGCCGCCGCGGAGGCUCACGACCCGCGUGUGCAUCCGGGCGGCCGGCGGCAGCUCUCGCUCAAGGCGGGCUGGCGGCUGAAUGGCAACCUGCAGACGCUCGGCUACUUUGCCGCCGAGAUGUGCGUGGGCAACCCGCCACGGUCCUUUUCGCUCAUCGUCGACACCGGCUCCGGCAUGACGGCGCUCCCUUGCGCCGACUGCACUCACUGCGGCCACCACUCGGCGGGCACUCGCUUUGACGCUUCGGCGUCGCCAACCUCGUCGGUGGUUGGCUGCUCCGGCUGCGGCUCGUGCGACCGCGGCUCGUGCGGCUACUCGGUCUCGUACACGGAGGGCUCCUCCAUUCGAGGCCGCCUCGUCAGGGAUGAGGUGCACUAUGCGGUCGACGGCGCAUCCGGCCGCACCGCGCCGACCGUCUUUGGCUGCCAGACGUACGAGUCGGGCCUCUUCCACUCGCAGCAGGCGGACGGGAUCGCCGGCUUCUCGCGCGCGGGCUCCGGAGGCCAGGGCGGCUCGCUGCUGAGAGACCUCUGCGCGGCGACGGGCGCGCCCGCCGCGCGCCCGCCAUCUUCUCGCUCUGCCUCUCCUCGGACAGCGGCGCGCUGGUCAUGGGAGGCGCGGUGCUCGAGUUCCGCGUCGGGGGCCAUACCGUCGGCUCGCCCUCCGCCGCUGCUGCGAGCAGCGCAAGGCUCGCCGUCUGACUUUUCGCACUCGAUCGUCGACUCGGGCACCACCUUCAUCUACCUCCCCCCGACGCCCUACGCCGCCGUGCGGCGCCUCUUCCAGCAGAGCUGCCCGUGGCCCGCGGGCUGCGCCUCGCGCUCGGUCAAGGGGCACUACCCAGACGACUUCUGCUACACGAUGGAGGAGGCCGACCUCGGUGGGUUCGCCAACCACUCGAUCCGCCUCGGCGGCGGCUUCGAGCUCCCGCUCACGCCGCGACAGUACAUCUACAAGGACCGCCCCGGCGUCUGGUGUCUCGGAGUCUUCGACAACGGCCACGCCGGCCUCGUCGUCUUCGACGUCGACGGCCGCCGCAUCGCCUUCCUGCCGCACAACUGCGACGCCAUGGCCGCAGCCAAGGCGCCCUCCCUCCUCACCGGCGGCUAUGGCCUCGCCGGCUGCUCAAAGCCCCUCACGCCCGAGCCGCCGCCGCCGCCGCCUUCCCCGCCGCCCACGCCGCCAGCCCCGCCCGUCCCGCCGCUGCCGCCGCACCCGCCGCCGAUCCCUCCCCGGCCGCCGAUCCACCCGCCGCUGCCGCCGCACCCGCCCGGCUGGGGCACGCCACUGUUGACGCGCGUCUACCAGAGCGUCUCGUCGGCGCUGCAAGGCUUGCGCGAGUCGGGCCGGGCCGGCUUGGCCGCGGCCUCGUCGCUGUUUGCGCUGCCGAGCGGCAGCGACCGCACGAGGCGCGUCUUCGGCAUCCUCGGCGUCGUGCUCGCCGCCAUCUUUUGCUGCCUGACGCCUCUUCUCUUCUGCGCGCUGAGGAUGCUAUUCGAGGCGCUCCGAGGGCCGACAGCCCUCGCUCGGCCGCAGUCCACUCGCUGA